AUUCUCUUUGACAAUAAAUAUAUAUUUUUUUAUUCCGUGUUCCGACAUUUUCUAUUGUUUGGUUCAUAUUAUUUAUUAAAUUUAAAUUGUUUUAUGUACAUUGUAGUACCAUACCAAAAGUAUAUUAUGUAAAGUAUUUAUCUGAUUAAGACGAAAACAAAAGGAUGAGUGAGUCAUGUGUAGAAACACCAGAAGCACCAGCUUGGUUAUCAAAAUUGGAAAGCCAAAGAGAAAAGUUAAGCAAAGCGCGAUUGGGACAUGAUAGUGGCGCCGGAGCACCCUGUAAUUCUUGUGGAUCAUCCUGCCCAGGAUUAGACUUGCAUUUUUGGCGUAAAGUGUGUCGGGCCUGUCACUGCAGCAAAGAUGUCCAUGAUGUUCAGGAUGAUGAUUUGUCGGGGUGGGCACAGUUUGAACUGCUUGGAACUGCUAACCCUAAGAAGGCAUCUUUGCCACUCAUCAAGAUUCGUGGGGUGACAGACAAACCAGUCAAACUUGAUUGGGUUCCACCAAAUGCUUCUACAGAAUUGGUUUCAGAGUACAUGUCAUGCCUGGGGCCGUUGGCUCCGGUCUCUGGUUCGGACGCGGCCCGGAAACGCAGAGCCCAACUGCGAACUCAACUUCCGCCACACGACGUUGCUCCUGCUGCUCGACACCAUGCCUCUGAUCAGGAGAAAUCUGAGCACACAGAAUAUAUUACCCGUAUCAAAGACCAUGUGGUUGGUAUGGGAAAUGUUGUCCGCGUGGGACCUCUUCAAAAUGGCGAAAUAUAUUCCGUUGAGAACAGUAAAGUACAUACUGCCACUAAGUCUUAUGCAUUGCCUUUGAAAAUAUCGAAUGUCUCCAGAGGUGUUAAAUACAAUAUAGUGCCAAAAAAUGCAUCAGAUAAAAAACUUGUCCUGGACUCUCAAGGUAAUAUAGUGAGCAGUGCUGCAAAUUUACCAGACUAUAAGUCCAGUCCAUUACUAAGCCGUCUUGUAAAGGACAAGCUACAUGUUAUGCGCAUUGAAUCUGAUAGAAUCAAAAGUGCUGUAGAGCAUGGACCUGUUUAUGACAAAUUACUAAAGAAUUUAAGUGACCUUAAUAUGCCUGUUACAAAUGAUGUAUAUUUACAACCAAUUAGUUUGUUUAGAGAAGAGUACAACAAAAAUCCACAAUUUAAAGAUGAAGUUACUGAAUUUGCCAAUAAAGCACUAGGAUCUCAAGUGAUGCCCGAUCUGUGGUCCGUCACUAACAACAAUGUUAUGGGUAAUGCUAAGUUACUGGAGGGUAGAUUACAAAAAGGGACUAUUUUUGCUCCUAAUGGUGAAAUUUGGAGCUGGAAACAUGAACCUACCACCCCUGAGCAUAGUGGGACUCUCUGCUCAACAAAGAUAAGUCCUCAGUACUCAACUACAACUAAGCCACCCAAUCAAGUUGAGCCCCAGCAGACUGCCCCAUUACGAGACUAUUUAAGAACUCAUUCUGAGGAAGAGCAGAUGCCACCUCCGUUACCAAAUUACAACACUUAUCCUGGAUGUAUACCAUCAAUUGAUCAGGAAAAUUCUAAUGACAAUCCAAUUCAGAUUGGCAACUAUGCAGAACAAUUAGAACCUAUUCUUACCCAAUUUGCUGAUUUAUCCCUAAGCCCAGCUGAAAUUGAGUUCAAUAGAAAACUUUAUAAUGAAGGAGUGCCUUGUCAACGUUGUGAAAAGCCAAUGUUUGCUGGAGAAGUGGCAGUAAAGGCAGAGAGAGCUGGCCAAGAAGCUAUUUGGCAUCCACAGUGCUUUACAUGCUGUAAAUGUGGUGAACUAUUGGCUGAUCUUGUGUACUUUUACUACAAGGGAGAGAUUUAUUGUGCCAGAGACUUGGCAAAUGUUCUUGAAAUACCAAGAUGUGCUGGCUGUGAUGAACUGAUAUUUACAAGACCAUACACAGCAGCAGAAGGGAGAGCUUUUCAUGUGCAACAUUUCUGUUGCUAUCACUGUGAUGCACCACUUGGUGGAAAGAAAUAUGUGCCAGAUGAUAAGACAGGUUUACCAAUAUGUUUAUCAUGUUAUGAUCAAUUUUAUGCAGAACGUUGUAGAGCAUGUGGUGGUGUGAUAGGGCCCGAGCAGCAAGGGGUGUCUUGGGGUAAUAUGCAUUGGCAUGCAAAUUGUUUCAUAUGUUCGGGCAGAAUGUGUGGAAAAAGUUUACUGAGUGGUCGAUUUGUUGUGAAGCAGGAAAUGCCUUUUUGUAGUGUACCUUGUGUACAAAGUAGAAUUAAGUAAAAUGUUUCAUAUUUAAAGCAUUUAUAGACAUAUUUAGUAUUUUUAGAGAGUCAUAUUUACUGUGGUAAUAUUUUUACAAAUAAAAUUGUUCUUAGAAAAUUAUUUAUUAGCAGUUAUGGUGAAGAACUGAAUACUUAGAUAGUAUUAAUACAGAAUCAAGUUAUAUGCAAUAAAAAUAUCAUUGUGUGUGUACCUAUAAUUCUGAAAUAAGAGGGGCCAAAAUAAUAACAUGUGAAUUUAAUUAAGUUAAGGUAGAAAUAUAUUUUGAUGAGAUUAUAUAGUCUAAUAUUAUCAUGAUGUAUGUAAUAGUUAAUAACAGUACCAAUGUUGUAUUAUUUUGAAAUUAUACAUUCCACAAUGUGCCAUUAUAUGCAGUUCUAAGGAUGAUAUAAUAAUAAAAUAAAUUGUGUGAUA